ACACACCUGUCAAGUUGUCAAUCGACUUCGCAGCAGUCAAUCGUUAUCAGUUUUCCAUUUCUGUUGCCUUAAAUCUUAAAAAUGUACGAAAACAGUAAGAAUAAACCCAAAAACAAAUAAAUUCAACUAUACGCUGUUUCUUUCUUGUCGUAUAAAAAGUUCGAAACUUGAUUUAAUAAUCAUAACGCGAGAUAACAUAUUCGUUUAAAUAUUCAUCCGUAGCACCCUUUUUAUGUGGUUUUCUUCAAGCUGUUGACAAAUAGACUAAAUGAAAAGCAUACUUAGUGUAAAAAUGGAGGCUAGCAACGAUUCUUUAUCGGUGCUGUCUCCGCCUUUGACGGGGUCUCCAGCUGUUCUCCUGACUCCUGGGCGGACGAGGAACAUCGCACAGGACAUGGAGGCGCUCAGGCUGUCGCGGCAAGACAACCCUUACCUUCAGCAAGUGAUGGCUAGCAGAGAAAGUCUGAUAGAAAGCCAUGCAGAAGAGUGUGAAUCUGAUGAUACUAUCCUCAUGUCACAGGAAUUCGGAAGCACAGCCUUAGACUUCAUAGAAGAUGAUCCCCUGACCUUAAAGGAGGUCCAUGAACACAUGAUACGGUCGCCACCACCAACCAGUUGCUGGCCACAUGACACACUGUCGUACCGUGCGUCCAGCGCUUUCGACUUCGCAGCUGACAGCCCUGUGUCGUACAGCGCUUACUCGGUCAAUUCCCAGGAAAAGGAGCUGCUAGGAGGUAGGUCUCCAAGACGCAACACGCGAUGCGACGAGUCUCGCAACAACAACACUUCGAGUCGUCCGCGCUCUUCCCGCUCUGCGUCCCCAAGGUCACAUGACCUUACGCUUGGUGGGCGACCUCUUUCCUUACCAGGAGAAAGCCACCUCCGCAAUGCACUGAGCAAAAAGCAGACCGGCAACCAAAGUGAGAGGUUCUCUCUCCUGCAGCACCCGCGACCGCUGCGCCGACCGCAUGGCAGCCGACGCGACGACGACAGCGUGCAACUUGUGCCAGAUUGUGAUAAGUAAUGCCACGAGAUAUUAUCUGUACUCAACGUGCAGACUAUAAGGAUAUAUCGGUGAUAGGAAAUACGCCUGAAAAAUUUCAGGCUUUUCGGGUGACCUUUUCCAGUGACCUUGACCUUGAAGCCCAAGGUCGAGUUAGCAAAUCAUACAUCUCAACAAUGCAAGCGGUGAAUAUUUUUGUGAAAAAUUCGCAGAAUGUUUGCUCGUGACCUCGGCUAGGUUAUUGUAAUUUCAAGGUCAAGGUAAAUUCAGGUGUUCUUUGUAUUGUGUAUGGAAUUGAAAUUGGAAUGUAAUUGGCGGCAUUUCGGCAUUUUAAGGGCAAAGGAUGUCUACUUUCAAUGGUGGGUUUUGGUAUGCCUAACCUUUUAACUAUAAGGUUAGCAUGAAGAAAGAUGAAGCUUGUUUCUUUGUCAAAAGUAUCAAUGUCAAAAAACGGUAAUGGUUGAUUCAUUUAAAAAAUUGGCAUGAUCUCCUAAAAAAUAAAUGGAUUAGUGAAUUGUAUACAGAAAAGAAACUUAAUUGAACAAAAAGUAUUAAUUUGUAUUUAAGAGAAAAAUAUUUUGAAAUCACGAAAGAAAAUAAAAAAAUAAGCACCCAGAAUAGCAAGUAUAGAAAAAAGCACAAUAAUACAAUCAAAAAUUUUGGGAAACAGACCGCAAAAUUAUAGCUAGAACUUUUAGAUAAACGUUUAUUUUAGAAACUUUGUUUGUGCUUAUAUUUAAUCUUAAAAAAAUGAUUUAUUAAUCAAAAAUAUUUACACGAAAAAAUUACCAAGUAUUAUUUUAAAUUUGUCGAAUGUUACCGUCUAUUAAUUCUACAAUAUGACAAAAAUGUAAAUGUCACGUUAACAAUAUAUUUCGUGGCAAUAAUCUUUAUUUUUAAUGAAUUUUAGAAACGUUUCUGCGUAUAGACGCGAUAUUUACAAGUAUUACCGAACACAUAUUAUUGAAAUUGUCGCGUCUUACCGCGUUACUGCCGUGUGUUACCGCGUUUUACCGCGUAACUGCCGAACAUUGCCGAGUGAUCACGAACACCACACGAAUUCCUAUUAAAUGCUCACUGUAGUUAUAAUUCGCUGUCCUAACCAAAUUAGUAAGAUUUAGACACCUAGUAACUAGUUCAUAGUAUUAUUGUUACUAAAUAAGCUUUAUUAGUUAAAUUCUAGAUUAGUGCGAAUCGCUGAACUAGGUCAAAAUCGAGGGAGAUAAUUUCGUGACGGCUAAAUAAUUAUAAAUAACUUUGAUUUUCAAAAUAAUGAUAUUUUUUUAAAAGACAAUUUUAACGAAGUACUCUUUUUUCGUUUAUUGUUUUUAUAAUAAGUAAAUAUAUUGCAUGUGUCUUUAGUGUUAUAUAGUAAAACUUAUAGGAAUGUAGAUAUUGAGUUACCGAAUUAUUAUAUUAGUGCAAAUAUAUCCCACCAUUAUAUUAUUUUUAGUCCCAAUAGUACAGUCAGCAUCAGCAAAAAGGAAGGCGAACAAAAUGCUUGAUUUGUUAAAAGCUAGAAAAAGAACAAAUAAGUUAGUGAUAAAACUAAAAAAUAUGAUGGUCCACAAUUUUUUAAACACUUCAAAGUUAAAUUGCAACAGACAUUUGCAGGCGAAUAUUGUAUUCAUCAAUUUGUAUUGCAUAAAUGUACCAAUUUUGAUGUUCAAUUCGUGUCUAUAAGAAAAAUAUUUUAAUUUAAUAAUAAUUAUAAAAUAAUUAUAUUGCUUGUGAUGUUGAUUGUACUCAUCAUCAUAUUAUUACAUAUAUAUAAUAAUAAUAGUUUUUUUCUAUUAAAUCGCUACGUCACGUGGUAUUAAGGGUAAAUAUAAUUUCGAUGUUUAAUUGUUAAAUGUUUAUUAUUAUUAAUUAAUGAUUGUAUGUAAAGAGUCAAACCCCGAAAAGUAUAUUUUGUUGUGUCUCUAUGUCGUUUGAAAUCUAGUCUAAAUUGUCUAUUUAUUUUAAAUUCAGAAGCUCCUUUCAUUGGUCUUGGGCCGCUGAAUAAAAUCCAUUCCUGAUUUGGGAAUUGGUUAAAAAUAUUAAUAAAGUGUUUCCGCGGCUAUUAUAAAAUAUUUGAUAACUCGCUUUGUGGGUGUACGAGAGUACACCUUUGCCUAAACCAGAGAGGUUUGUAGGCGUUCCGGCAGUUUACACCUAAUUCCUUUGUCAAAUAUUGUGAAAAAGUAUUUAAUUAGAAUUCAUCGUUAUGAUUUUAAUAAAAUUAAUUGAAAAUAUCUAUGUUAUUGCUGAAAUUUGAUUUUGGCUUCUGUCUUCUUUCUAAACUUAGUUUUGUUUGUUUUUGCUCAACAAUGAAAUAAAAUUAUCUCUAUAUUAGUUAUAUUCUAUAGUAAAUAAUUACGUUAUUCUGUCUAUUGGUCGGUGCUCACGACUUUCGAGCUUAAGUGUGUCAUAUUAUUAUAUGAAUUUUAUGAAUAUUCUAUUAUAUUAAGUUGUUAUUUAAAUAAUCAAGAAUUAGUAAUUGAAAAAAAAAAAAAACGCCAUGGAAAAACAUACCAUGAUCUUCCAAUUGUGACAACAAAAUGGCAAUUAAAAAAUGUCUUAAGGUCUAGACUGUACCACAGCGGUGCGGAGUUUUUUUUUAUAAUUCAUAGAAUUUCUGUACUAAAACAUCUUGUUGCCGCCUACUCAGUAAUAAUUCUCCGCUCCGUAACACUUUGAUGGAGUCUGGGCUUUAGUAGCAAAAUAAUUCCGGCUUAUUUGAGGGUGAAAUUUGUCUGCUUAAAUAAUAUAUAUCUCGUUUUAUACCUUCUUUUGUUUCUCUUAACACAUGAACUCCAAUCAUAGUGUAGCCAAGCUUCUAUGAUUGUCUAUUGAUGAAACCAAUAUGGCCGUGGUUUUUCGUUCAUUCUUGUAAUUUAAUAAAAUUGAUAUUUAGUAUUAAAAUAUAUAUAUUCAUAGGUUACUUAGUAGUAGGGGAACUUAAUUUUGAUUUUGAAAGUUGUAUAUGGAUAUAUAAUUAUUGUUAAUUUUAAUGUUUCUUACGUUUUUAUUCAAUGACAUUCCAUAAUAAAUACUCCUGUAGUGUUAAGUUUUUCGUGAACUUUUAAUGUUUUUUAGGCAAGAUGUUUGUGUUUUAUUAUGAAACUAAAAUUGAUUGGCAAAACAAUAUUUAAUUAAACUAUAUUUAAUUUCUUUAAUUAUUAUUUUUUUGUUUUAUAAUUUUUAAGUUUUUACUCUAUACUAUUUAAAUUUAAAGGAACUAUAUUAUAAAACAGUGUUAAUUGAAUUCAAAAGACGUAAGUGCCACUGACACUUCUCUCUUACGCCAUUUGAGCAGAAAAUAACACUUCUUCCAGCCCAAUAAAUAUGACGGAUGAUCUUUUCCUAGCUGAUGCCUAGAUGGCGCUGAUCUAGGCACGUUACUGCUAGGAACAGAGCUUCAUAUCUUAUCAACGUCAUAUAAUUUUGAGGCAGUAUAACGAAAAGUACUUGUCAACAAUAAUUUAAAAACAAAUAGAAAAUAGGGAAAAAAGGAGAUAAGAAGUCGGUUAGGUUCUUAUCCGAAUCCAUCCGAAUGUUCCGAGAGAUUUUGAAAUCAAUUUGUGCAGAAACCUGUGACUUACUUUUUACUAAUCACUUGGCAGGUACAACGCCAUCUAUCGUGUUCUUGUACUUACUACUUGUGCUCUCAAACUACAUAGUUUAUUAACUCUCUCGGUUAUUUUAUUUUUAAUUCAAUUCAAUGCAGUCUUUUUUAACCGCCAAUCAAUUUUAGUUUCCCUUCGGGUGCCAUUUUCUCUAUGUACAGUUAAUGUCGAUGGGUUUCCUAAACUUUUGAUGUUGUUAUAUUAUUAUGUGUAUUUCAAAUAUGUACUGAAAAGCGGUUGAGAAUGACUAUUGAUCAUUAUUGAUUUAUCAUAUGUUCAUAUUGAAAAUUAUUUGUUGUCUUUUAAAGAUUGACACUUUAUUUUCCAACCAUGUUUAUUUGCUAAAAUCUUCCUCAUUUGAAAACCAGACAGAUGUAGUUAUUAAGAAACAAAAUUAUGUUGUCUGACGUCUUCCAUAAAUAGAAAUAAAUACUGCCAUCAAAAAUAAAUAGCUUUCCUGUUUUUAGAAUUUGUAAAAAAAGUUUUUACUACAAUGCUUUUUUGCCAUUCUCAAUCGUUUUUCAAAUAAUUGUGAACACUUUUCGGUAUGAUUGUACCUCAAACCAAAGAGUAGGCCAAUGUUUAUACUAGUGCAGUUAUGUUUUGUACCAUAUUGUAACUGGUCAUUCGCUGGUCGAUACAGCCAGAUUAUCUAUAGAUUAAUAAAGAAAUAUUUGAUUCUGAA